UUCACCAAAUAUAGUCUGCACAUCGUCAUACAUAAAGACAGCCAGUCUCAACUUAUUAGUUAGGUUAAUUUUUCAAGGCGAGCCUCAGCGGAAAAAAUCAAAACAAACAGACGAACUGAUAAAAAAAAAAAUAGGGUAACAAUUAAAAUACUUUCGUAAGCAUUACAUAAUAGGUGAUAAACUCAAACUCUUGCAUUGCUAUAAUUAUACGUAUAUCACAUAUAGUAUCUCAAGUAUCUACUAAUAUAGGUAGACUUUUAGCAUUAUUAGCAAACCUUUUGAUACAGUGAUCCUAUCUAAAUAUCUUUCAUAAUGCCACUUUGUGGAAGUAGUCCAGAAAUAAUUCAACGGAAAAUAGUCAUAUUAGGUGAUGGUGCUUGUGGGAAGACUUCAUUAUUAAAUGUAUUCACUACAGGUUAUUUCCCACAAGUAUAUGAACCAACUGUUUUUGAAAAUUAUGUUCAUGAUAUAUUUAUUGAUGGGAAAUCAGUACAGUUAUCAUUAUGGGAUACUGCAGGUCAAGAAGAAUUUGAUCGAUUAAGAUCACUUUCUUAUGCCGAUACUCAUUGUAUUAUGUUAUGUUUUUCAAUAGAUUCAGCUGAUUCCUUAGAAAAUGUUCAGUCCAAAUGGGUGGGUGAAAUAACUGACCAUUGUGAAGGUGUAAAAUUAGUGUUGGUUGCAUUAAAAUGUGAUUUAAGAAGUCAUGAAGAUAGUGAUAUUGAUAAUGUACACGGUAGUGCACUUAACGGAACCUCAGGUGAUGAUGAUCACUAUAAUCCAUAUAAUCAAUCACUGAGUAAUAAUAAUCAUUAUCAACUGAAAAGAUUAAUAACUUAUGAAGAAGGUUUAGCAGUUGCUAAAAGAAUAGGUGCAUUAAGAUAUUUAGAAUGUUCAGCUAAAAAGAAGAGAGGUGUAAAUGAAGCAUUUUCAGAAGCUGCUAGAUGCGCUCUUAAUGCUAGACCUAAAGGUGCUAGUGAAAAUGAACCUAAAAAGAAAAGUUGUAUUAUAAUGUGAGCUUGUGUUGCUCGAUCAUCACAUAGUCAUUUCAUCACCAAACCAUUUAGAAUAAAUACACGCAUACACCCUGUAUAAUUCAGAUAAUUACAGUUAAU